UUAGUGUCAGACGUUAGACAUUGUUGCCGCAAUAUUUUUCUGCCGCACCAUUUAUUAUCCCUUUUGUUUGUGUUGUUAUCUGUUACAGAUGAGGCAGAAAGCGCCCUUCUGAGCUCACAACGCUGUUACAACCAGAGUUCAAAGAUUUAUCGCUACCUACGAGUGUUCAGCAAGGAGUCUGGCUUCGUUAUCGAACCGUGUUAUCGUUAUUCUCUCGAGGGUCAAAAGGGGGCGAAAAUAUCGGCGACGAGAAAGUGGUAUAAAAAUGAAAAGAUAGAAAUUUUGGUCGGGUGUAUAGCCGAGUUAACCGAAGAGGAGGAGGCGAUGCUGUUGCAUCCGGGAAAAAAUGAUUUUUCGGUAAUGUAUAGCUGUCGUAAAAAUUGUGCUCAACUGUGGUUAGGGCCAGCGGCCUACAUUAAUCACGACUGUCGGGCGAACUGCAAAUUUGUGGCGACAGGUCGCGAUACCGCCUGCGUUAAAGUGUUACGCGACAUCGAGUCGGGCGAGGAAAUAACUUGUUUUUACGGUGAGGAUUUUUUCGGCGAUAAAAACUGCUAUUGUGAAUGUGAAACUUGUGAAAGACGCGGAAUGGGCGCGUUUGCUAAGAAUACCGAGCAAAAGGAGGAGAACGGUUAUAGAUUACGUGAGACGGACAAUCGUAUUAAUCGAACUAAAAAGCAGUUAGUGAAAGGCAGGAGCGAGCAAUGCAACGGACACACGCUUAAAGAUACCGGUGUGGAAAUUGUCAGCCCCUUGAGCAUGAAGGAGUUGCGUCAGAAAGGGUUAACCAAGUACGAUGCGGAGUUGCUCAUUGCUCAAGGUUGUAAAUUUUCAGACAUAAGCGAGUUUAAUCGUAAAAAUAGAUCUAAUUUAACGCACGAUAACAUUUCGUCUCAUAACUUUCGUAGUAAAAGAAGUGAUACUAAUUCUGUGAUUAACGGUACGACGUUGAAGAGCUCUCGCGCCUCGAGACUCCAACAAAGACAAGCGCGACGUAAUUUAGAAGUAAUUCAAAACACAUCCCGUUCGAACCUAUUGGACGACCUGCAUAGCAACGCGAGUACAAGUACGGGAUAUAGCGAUCAAGACAUCUACGAGUCAUCUCAAAGCAAGGAGUUUGUUGAAUCUUUAGACGUGAAAAAGGAGUCUAUCGAAACCGUACUAGGAAUAACAUUACGUAACCACAAAUGUCUUCAAGAACGAAUCUCUGAUAUUUCUGGAGCAGUCUCCCUCAACGUUUUUGCGGGUAUUGACGAGAAACCCGAAGGCGCUGAUAUCAGAAAGCCGCAAAAACGAUCGUCCAAUGCCACACGUCGGCCCACACGUGUUUCCGCUCGUCUUUCCCAGCGUAGUACAAGCGCGACACUAUCGGAAGAGUUAGAGGCGAAAGGUGAAGUACUGAAGGACGUUUACGAAUUUAAAGACGACGACGGCAAACUAGACACAUUUCGACUGCACAGCACCAAAUAUAAGGAAGACUGUGAUAGUGAUAACCACACAAUAAACGCGGAAGAAAGUACGAGAGGCAAGACUGAUAAUUCCAAUAACGAUAACGGCGAAAUAGAACGAUGUAUUACUCCGUGCGGAUCUCCCGAGAGGAUGCCACAACCGGCGGCGCCCGUCGAGCGAACUCCCGACAAGUGCGGCGGAUUAAAGUUGACGUUGCGCAUGAAACGUAGUCCGGUGUUAGAUGAAGUUAUCGAAUCGGGAAAUAGUCUAAGCGAAGAUAGCUACGAACCCGAAUAUGAGGUGUUACGCGUCGAAGGUGUCGAUCACCAAGCGUCGCACUCGCGCAGGAAAAAACGCCACAAAUCCAAAGAUCAUAGGCGAGAUAGAAAAAUGAAGCAUUUGAAUUAUCCGAUGACACAUCCACCUAUGAAACGAUUAAAAUUGAUAUUUGGUAACGAAAGUCACACUAUCAACAUACCGUCCAACACUGCCAACUAAGAAGUUUAAAUAAAAGAAAUUGUGAUUUUAUUAUGUCGUAAGUAAAUUAGGUAAUUAUUUUGGUUCUUAGUUUAUUUUUAAAUUAAAUUUUUGUACAUAUUUUUAGUUUAUUUAUUUUUAAUUUUACAAUGUUAGAUGUGAAAAUGUAUUAUUUUUGUACUAUUUUUAAUACUUGAGGUGUAGAGUUUUUAGAUAGGUACUAGAAAUGAAUAUUACCUCUGUGGUUUUAUUAGUAUCUUUGUUAAGAAAAAAAGUAUUGUUAAAAUUCUGCUGUAUGUUUCAACUUGUAUAAAAGUGCUUUCAUGCGAUCCAUACAAAAAAAUAUUGCUGUAAAG